AUGACGACAUUUUCGACGUUGGAUGCGUUGACCAGUCUAACCCAAUCCAUACCGGAUUGGAACAAACGACUAGACGACUUAAACGGCCAAAUAGCUUUACGACAAAUUGAGCUUGCCCGCUUGACAGAUCACAAACCUGCACGCUCCGUGAAAAAUAAAGGUUCUACCGAGUCACUCCGACCCAAAGACGGCGAAGAAGCCACCACCGAAUCCGAAAAGCCCAAGCAAACUCCCUCAUCACCCAUCGGCUCCCCAAAAUCCGCACAAAAUGGUUUCUCCUCCGAAGCCCGACCCAAUUCCCCAUCCGUAGCUCGAGCUGCUGCUGCCGCCGCCCUUGAAUACAACCAGUCCCCAUCUCCCGCAGCCCCGCAUUCGCCAGAGCCCCUUACCCCCCGAGCAUCUCCCAACGCUCUAACUCGGCAAUCCUCGCAGCCUACACCUCCCACGGAACCCCUCCCACGAGCCCCUGCUGUCCUUCGAAAACGCAAAACGGAAUCCCUCGCAUCGGGAAACUCACACGCCCCCAAGUACAGAACCAGAUCCAUGAUCAUAGUAUACUACGACAGCGCGGUCCAGACGGCAUUUGAAGAACUCGUCAAAUUUGUGAGCGGCAACCGGAACGCCAUGAGAAAGGGGAAAAUGGCCGCCAAAAUGGCCGAAAUGAGACGCGCGGCCGAAAUGGAAGCCGAGGAAGAAAGCGACGACGAAUCCGAAUCCGAGGCGUCAAAAGUAUUGGGUAGCGCCUUGCUCAAGCCUUCGUUGCAACCUCACGCGGGCGCGGACGCAAUCUCUCACGCGAAAAAUGGAGAUGCUCGCGCGGGAGCACAACUUAAAUUCCCAUCGUCGAGAAACAUGGGGUCGAUGCGCGAGCGCAAGAAUAUUGGAAAUACGAUGAAUGUGUUGCGAGGGUAUCGUCGCGCCGGAGGGGGAAUCGAAGGCGCGGGAAGCAAUUCCCCUGAUAUAUUUGACGAGCUUGAUAAGGGGCUCGAAUGGUGUCAGGGACAAUGCGAACACGCUGCGCAUCAAUUUCUCCGCGAUGGAGAGUGCAGCACGGAGAUUGAGAAUAUCAAAAGGAGGUUGGGAGAGGUGAAGGAGAUUGCGGAUAGGAAGAUUGAGAGGUUGAGAGCGGAGGAGGCGUUGCAGUUGGAAUUGGAAAAGAAAAAUGUUGUUUCGAAAGAGGAUCCAGAUGUUGAUGGAUCGAAAUCCAAAUCUCUUCCGGCAAUAACUCCUGUCUCUAAUGGACCAGUGGAGUUGGAGGUGGAUGAUGCGAUGGAAGUGGGUGAUGACGACAGCGAUGAUAAUAACAGUUCUGAUCCUAAGAAAUUGAUCUUUAAGCGAUCCGGGGAUAGGAUGCCCUGA